AUGCCACCCAACGGUCCACGCGACCCGUACGCUGGGCCUGACACAGGGCCCGAACCGCCGUUUCCUAUCAAGCUGUGCGGCCCGGUGAUUAAGGGGUUUGGGAGGGGGAGUAAAGAGCUCGGCAUUCCCACAGCCAACAUCCCCACCGAAGGCCUCUCGGCCGACCACCCAACGCUGCCGAGCGGGAUCUACUACGGCUUCGUGGGCCUGUCGCUGAAGAGCUGUCCGUCGGCUGCGGCGCCAGUGACCAGCACGAGCACCAGCACCAGCACGACCUCUGCAUCUUCACCCGCCGCCACCACUACAUCUUUAUCGUCCUCCGUACCCCCACCCCCACCGCCGCCCUUAAUCUCGAUCCACCCGGCGGUGCUCUCCAUCGGCUACAACCCGUUCUACAAGAACACGGUGCGGUCGGUGGAGAUCCACAUCCUGCACGAGUUCCCGCGCGACUUCUACGGCGCCGCCCUGAACCUGCUGAUCCUGGGCUACAUCCGGCCCGAGUACGACUACGUCAGCGUCGACGCCCUGGUCGACGACAUCCACGUCGAUUGCGCCGUCGCCGCCCGCAGCCUCGAGCGCCCGGCCUACCGCGCCUUCCGCGCCGGCGACUGGGAGGCCUGGCUCACCGAUUUCUCGUGGAUGGACCGCGUCGACCCCGCGCAGGUCGAGAGGCAGGUCCUGAACAAGGAAUAA